AUGAUUGUGUCCAACCUGAGUGUGAUCGGUUGCAGGAGGACGAACAGCGCGCUGUGCCUCAGUGCCGUUGAGGGACAUUUGGAGGCGUCUUCCUCCUAUCGCACCCUGAGCCCCACCGGGCACCUGCUCGUGGCGGUGUGCUUGGGCUUCACCGGCACUUUCGGAUUCGUCAACAAUCUCCUGGUUCUUGUGCUCUUCUGCCGCUACAAAGUGCUGCGGUCCCCCAUCAACUUUUUGCUGGUGAACAUUUCCUUCAGCGAUCUGCUGGUGUGCGUGUUGGGGACGCCGUUCAGCUUCGCGGCGAGCACGCAAGGGCGAUGGCUCAUCGGCGAAAGUGGAUGUGUGUGGUAUGGCUUUGCCAACUCUUUAUUUGGCAUCGUGUCCCUCAUUUCCCUAGCUGUGCUAUCAUACGAACGCUACUGCACAAUGAUGGGCCCCACGGAGGCUGAUGCCACCAACUACAGGAAGGUGGCCGGAGGGGUGGUGAUGUCCUGGGUCUACUCUUUAUUUUGGACUCUGCCCCCUCUCUUUGGCUGGAGCCGUUAUGGUCCAGAAGGGCCUGGGACCACCUGCUCCGUAGACUGGACGACCAAGACAGCCAAUAACAUCUCUUACAUCAUUUGCCUCUUUAUUUUCUGCCUCAUUGUCCCGUUUCUAGUCAUUAUCUUCUGCUAUGGUAAACUGCUGCAUGCAAUUAAACAGGUCAGCGGUUUGAACACACCCCUGAGUCGCAAACGGGAGCACCGGGUUCUUCUCAUGGUCAUCACCAUGGUGAUCUUCUAUUUGCUCUGCUGGCUGCCCUAUGGUAUCAUGGCUCUGCUGGCCACUUUUGGGGCCCCAGGACUGGUGACUGUGGAGGCUAGCAUCAUGCCCUCCCUCCUAGCCAAAUUCAGCACUGCCAUCAACCCUGUCAUCUACAUCUUCAUGAAUAAACAGUUCUACAGGUGUUUCAGAGCUCUUCUCCAGUGUGACACACCUCAGCGAGUUUCCAGUCUUAAGAGUUCUUCAAAGGCAAUUAAACCGUUUCGGCCUGGACGGCGCACAGACAACAACUUUACUUUUGUUGUUGCCUCAGUGGGGCACUCGGCGACACUCAACCAGGCUAACCCAGUGGAUGAGGGCCCUGUGUCUACAGAUAAUUCCAAACCAGCAGUGGUAUACCUUGUGGCCCAUUACAACUGUUGAGAGCUAUUCUUUGUCAAACAAUGGCAACAAUUGAAGAAACCUUUCACACGUAAUACAGGAAAUGCAGUAUGAAAUUAAAAGAAUUUUACAAAGGAAUGAUAAAAUACUAGAA